AUGCCGAAAGCCCUAAUCUUGGUCGCGGAUGGAUCGGAGGAGAUCGAAUUCGUGACGCCUUACGACGCAAAGCAACUCAUUUGGAGUUUUAGCAUGUCACGCAACAUACGCAUCGUACCAGACUACCAUAAAACUACCGAUGUGCUAAGGGAGACGGCGCAUAAGGCGUACGAGCACUACGAUAUCCUGAUCCUUCCUGGCGGCGCACCCGGCGCUAAAACCUUCUGCCAAAACAAUGACGUCCGCCAACUCAUCUGGGACUUCCGUAACCACGGGAAAUGGGUUGCUGCCAUUUGCGCAGCGACAACGGCGCUUGUUGCUACGGAGUGGUGGGUUGCGACAAAGACUCCGGAUGGGGGCAAGAAGCGUGUUACGAGUCAUCCCAGUGUGAAGGAAGAAGUUGAGGAGGCUGGUUGGCAGUACAGCGAGGAGAGGGUUGUGGUUGAUGGCAAGGUUAUCACGAGUCGAGGGCCAGGGACUGCGAUGCUUUUUGCGCUUACGAUUGUGGAGGUGAUGUGUGGGAAGGAUAAAAGGGCGGAGGUGGAGGGGCCGAUGGUUUGUGCUGAGACUCUGUAA